AUGAACCCCCGUGUCCAUUUCUUCUUUCAUACUCAAUCCGGAGUCGACAAAAGAAGACUGGGUGGCCAUUACGUGAUCUGGCUCGUCAGUUCGUGUCCUAGAGGUCCUGACCCGAAAACGACAAAGGACUGGAACGACCAUAAUGUGCGCUGUGCUGUUCUCUCGCUCUUGAAGGAAAUCAACCAAUCGACGCUUGCGAAGUUAUCUCCCCUUUGUCAGUCAAUGAUAUCCAACAUCGCUAACGGCAAGUACAUCAACAAGUUAAGCAGCGACAAGUGUGAGGAGUUCGGCGAGUGGUAUCGGCGUUACACGAAACAGGCAGCAGAUUUCCCAUCCCUGGACACGAAGGGUGUCCCAAAGGACACUCGGUUGACGUUUCAUCCCGAUCUGGAGAUUCCUCUUCUGAAGACGUGGUUUAAAUCCUGCAAGACACCUUCUGCCGAGAAAUUACGGUUUUAUGCAAACGAACUCAACAAAGGUCAUACACGCCAGGAAAGACCCAAAAUUACCCCGGCUAGGUUGAAAAUAUGGUGGAAAAAUGAGAAACAGAAAGUGAGGCGGCUUCAAAGAGAGCACGCACAGUUGCCAGGGCAACCUGCGUACGAACAGACGACACGGUUACCUGGAAGGCCUGACUUCGAGCAAGAAUCACAGUUGCCCGGGCAAGGGUCGCGGUCAGUGAUGUUGUCCGGCAUGGGGUCGUUGCCAGACAAACCAGACCUAGACGGUGGAGGGGAGACCCGUGACCUUGUGUUCACAGGGGAGCUAAGUUCCAUGCAAACAGACGAAUUACCUUCAUGUUCCUUCCCGGACAUGUUGUGAUGUUUUCAAAUUAUCCAUGUGACCCAAAUAUGGUGCUUCAUCGGGGAGAUUAUUCUUGUGGAUUUCAUUACAGUGGUGUGUGUUCAACGAUCAGUCCUAUGGAGAACAUACGGGCGUCCCAGCGUCGCAAUUUGCAGUGCACAGUUGCGUCCCUUACUGCUGUACCAGGAUCUGUUGGUCCUGGGUUUGAAUUCCCCAUAUGGCACGGCCAUGAUUAUUGAUCUGUGUGAACAAAUCUCAUGCUCGUUUACUUCACCAAUUGUGGUAGGACUACCAGCUGUAUC